UUCUGCAUUCAAGUAAGCCAUCCAUGAACCACGGAAGGAAGAAACUGGGAAUGAUGAAGUGACCCUCAUCUUCUGCUAAGAAGAAGCCAUGUUGGAAGGGCUGAUAGCAUGGGUCCUCAAUAACUACCUAGGCAAAUAUGUCAGUAACCUGAACACAGACCAGCUCUCAGUAGCUCUUCUCAAAGGUGCUGUAGAGUUGGAAAACUUACCACUAAAGAAAGAUGCCUUGAAGGGAUUGUUGCCGUUUGAAGUAAAAGCUGGAUUCAUUGGCAAGAUCACCCUGCAGAUACCGUUCUACCGCCCCCACAUCGACCCCUGGGUGAUAUCGGUGUCGAAACUGCAUCUUAUUGGCUCACCAGAAAAGCAAGAGCAGUUUGAUGAAGAAAGAGAGAAGCUGCUAGAAAAGGAGAGCAAGAAGGCCAUUUUACUUGCUCUGGAAGAAAAGUGGAAGAAAGAACGGGAGCAGAUAGGAGAAUCUUACUGGUAUUCAGUCACCGCCUCAGUUGUCGCAAGGAUUGUGGAGAACAUUGAACUAAAUAUUCAAGAUGUACACCUGAGAUUUGAGGAUGGCGUCACCAAUCGAUCCCAACCCUUUGCUUUUGGCAUCUGUAUAAAGAAUGUAUCCAUGCAAAAUGCCACAGAUGAGCCGGUGGAAGAGCUAAUGAAGAAAAAGCAGCUGGAUAUUUCUGACUUCAGCAUCUACUGGGAUAGCGAUUGUGCUCUGUGGGGAGACCUGCUCCCUGGGGAGCUGCAGGAAGCAAUGGAUAACAGCAUGGAAAGCCAGGACCAUAAUUACAUCAUGGAGCCAGUGUGUACGUCUGCGCUGCUCAAGAGAAACUGUUCCAAAGAGCCCCUGCGGUCGCGGAAUUUGCCACGUCUGGAGUUUGACAUCCAGCUGGAAACAAUACCAUUGAAACUUUCCCAGAUGCAGUACCAGCAAAUCAUGGACUUUCUGAAAGAGCUGGACAGAAAAGAGCGACAGCUCAAGUUCAGAAAAUGGAGGCCAAAAGUCACAGUAGCUGGAAACUGCCGAGAAUGGUGGCUCUUUGCUCUGAACGCCCACAUUGCUGAGAUCAGAGAGCAGAAGGCGCGCUCUUCCUGGGAAUUUAUGCGGCUUCGGGCUCAGGACGCUGUCUUGUACGCUGAUCUGUAUUACAAGAAGCUGAAGGGAUUGCCGCUUUUGGAUGAGGAGCAGGAGGAGGUGGAGCGUAUUGAAGAUGAGCAAACGCUUGAGGAGCUAAAAAUCUUGCGGGAAAUAGUUUACAACAAGUUCCAGGAGCUGGCUGAGAGCAUUAAGAAGCCCUUGUCGGAUUCUCUGGAUUCCCCGUCGGAGACCAACCUGGAAGGCAGACGUGGCAGCAGCAGGAUGCUCCGGUACCUUCAGUCCUGGUUUCCAGGAUGGGGAGGUUGGCACAGCCAGUCGCAGGAAGCCCUGGAGACCAAGACCAUCGAGGGGCUGCUUUCAGAAACCGCAGAACAGUGGAGGCCGGAGGACGUUGCGGGCGCUGAUGAUUUUUUUGAUCCAGCUACUGAUGUCUCCAGUAUAAAUACCUUCACAAAGAGGGACCAUGUCCUGGUCAAAUUAAACCUUUGGCUGCAAGGGGGCUCCAUCACUCUGUUGCACACAGAGGAGAGAAGUCGACAGGCCAGCGAGCGGGCAUUCAUGCAGCUGCAAUUUUCAGGUGUCACCAUCUUAGCAGAAACUCUCCCCCGCAGGAAUUCUUCCCUUCUGAAAGUUCGGCUCGGAAGCCUCUUUCUACGAGAUUUAGCAACCGAAGGAACCAUAUUUCCAGUCCUUGUCUUCCCUAAUCCUCUUAAAGAAGUUGGCUGUGCCUCUUCUGUUAGUCUCCAAACAUCAUCUUCUGACACAAGUAACCAGAGCGCUGAUGACCCUGUUCCAGUGUUUGAAAUGCUGUAUGAGAAAAAUCCAGUCCGCAGCAAUUUUGAGAGACGGUUAGAAGUCAGCACCCGACCUCUUAAUAUUAUUUACAACCCACAAGCCAUUAAGAAAGUAGCUGACUUCUUCUACAAGGGAAGAGUUCAUUCCUCAGGUUUCGGGUGCCAGUCUGAGCUGGAGCUGAGAGUGGCUGAAGCUGCCAGAAGACAGUACAACAAGCUCAAAAUGCAGACCAAAGCUGAAAUCCGGCAGACCAUCGACCGACUGCUUGUUGGGGAUUUUAUUGAAGAGAGCAGGCGCUGGUCAGUCUGCCUUGAUAUUUCUGCCCCUCAGGUGAUCUUCCCAGACGACUUCAAAUUUGCAGACCCUGUUUUGGUUGUGAUUGAUUUGGGCAGAAUGCUGCUUACUAACUCUCAAGAGGAGCACAGAAAGAAGAGUCCGGACAGCCCAUCUUUAGAGCUGAGUGAUUUGAGUGAUGACGAAUAUAAAACACCUCUUGCAACGCCUCCCAACAGCCCACCUCCUGAAGUCAGCCUGGCCAGAGAGGGCAAAACUCUUGACUUUCCAGGGGUAGAAAUUAGCGAAGAGCAACUGCAAGCGCACUUGAUGAGUAAAAAAAUGUAUGAGACCUAUAGUUUGUCCUUCAUGGAUCUUCAGAUCAUGGUUGGGCGAGUGAAAGACAAUUGGAAGUAUGCCCAAGACAUUGACGUUGGCCCAACCCAUGUGGUGGAGAAAUUUAAUGUGCAUUUACAGCUGGAACGUAGGUUGAUAUAUACUUCUGACCCCAAGUACCCUGGAGCUGUCUUGUCUGGGAAUUUGCCUGAUCUGAAAAUACAUAUCAAUGAAGACAAAAUCAUGGCCCUGAAGAACUGUUUUGGAAGGCUAAGCACCCCUAACUCUGAAACCUUGGGCACUUCGCAGAUAGGCAAAGAGGCAGGUUUGACAGGCUUGGAGCAGCGUGGAAGUUUGCAUAGUUCUGUAGUGAACUUAACCCAGAGCGUUAUAAUGGUGGAACAGCACACCAAAGAAGUCCUGGUAGAAUCACAGCUGCUUCUAGCAGAGUUCCAAGUGAAUUACAUGCAGCUGGCAGUUGAAAGUAAUGGCCGCUACAUCUCUGUCCUCAAGGUUUUUGGUACCAAUGCUCAUUUUGUGAAGAGGCCAUACGAUGUAGAGGUUUCCCUCACUGUUCAUGGCUUGCUCUUGGUUGACACUAUGCAAACCUACGGCUCUGAUUUCGACCUCUUGAUGGCAUCUCACAAGAAUCUCAGUUUUGAUGCCCCAACGGGAAGCCUACGAGACAGCAAAGCCCAGUCCCCUGUUAGUGGCCUCAGUGAGACCCUCCUAGUUGAUGAAGUAUGCCUCACCGAGAAAUGCACCCUGGCAUCGAAGAGAUCAUCUAGCGGUUUUCCAAAAAGGGAUGAAUCCUUAAUUAAACUGGAAUACCAAUUUGUAACUGCAGAAUGCCCUUCUAUGAAUUUGGAUAGCUCUCUCCAAGUGCUGUCUGUGCAGAUGAACAACUUGGAUAUCAUCCUUAACCCAGAGACAAUAGUCGAGCUAAUUGGAUUUCUCCAGAAGUCCUUUCCAAAGGAGAAGGACGACUGUAGCCCUCAGCCAUUAAUGACAAAUGCUGAAAAAAUCUUCAGUGAGCAAGAGAAUUUUCAAACCACCCAUUCCCAAAGUACAGAAGUAGCCGUAGAGAUCCAUUGGCUAAACAUACUUCUACUUAGGACAGUCACACUGGCCAGCAGAGAGAAAUUUGGUCGAAAAAUUGCAACAGCAAGCAUUGGAGGCACAAAAGUGAACGUCUCUAUGGGUAGCAGGCUGGAUGUGAACGGAUCUCUGGGCUGUUUGCAUCUUAUGGACCUGACCCAGGAGAACAUGAAGAACCAAUACGUGGUCAGCAUUGGGAAUACAGAGCGGUAUGAGAACCUCAUUCAUGAUGUGGGCUAUUCCAAGCCCACGUUUCUCCAGUUUGAGGAUGCAAAUAGCCUUCCAGAUGCUCUGGGCUUCAUUUUCGUUGAGCAGUCAGCAAAGGAAUGCUCCCUUCUCCUCCAGAUGGCCUCCCUGCAUUACAACCACUCAGCAAAGUUCUUGAAGGAGAUCACUUUGUCAAUGGAUGAGCUGGAGGAGAACUUCCGUAGCAUGCUGAAGAGCGCAGCAACAAAAGUGACCACUGUCUUGGCCACGAAGACUGCGGAAUAUAGUGAGAUGGUUUCUCUGUUCGAUACAGUGCCCAAAUCAAGGGACCCCUUUAAUCUGGAAAACGAUGAAGGGGAAGAAGUUGCUCCAGUACGCUCCAAAACAGAAACCAUCAAGCUUAUCUUAAAUGUGAACAUUGAAUCCCCAGUUGUGUCCAUACCCCGUAAGCCGGGCAGCCCUGAACUGCUGGUUGGUCACCUAGGACAAAUAUCAAUCCAGAACUUUGUGACAGGAGAAGACACCCUGAGGAGUGACAGCCUUCAGGUUGAAAUCAAAGAUAUUAAGAUGUAUUCUCUAAACUGCAGCCAUUUGUCAAGCAAAAAGGACUCACCUUCUGAGGUGUCUUCCACGCUACAGUCACCAUCGGGCAUCACCAGCUGUGGUAACCAGGAAGAGUCUCAGUUCACUCGCCACGAUUUUUUUGAAUCCUUACAUAAAGGCCAAGCUUUCCACAUUCUUAAUAAUGCAACAAUCCAGUUCAUGCUGGAGAAGAUCCCAGUUGAGCACAGUACAGAGCUGGCCUUCUCUCUGAGUGACGAUGUCAACAUUUCAAGCCUGAUGAGGAUUGAGGGGAAGUUUGUCAACCCUCUGCAGGUGAUGUUGGCCAAACAUGUAUAUGAGCAAGUUAUCCAGACUCUAGACAACCUCGUCUGCAGUGAAGACUUGACCAGGCCACCGCCCAGCUUCCCAUCCUCCACAUACUCCGGCUCAGCCUCUCCUUCAGUAUUGUUUCGAAACAUAACCACAGAUUUCUCCAUCAACAGAAAGGAAAAUGGUUUCUUCACUCACUCUAGCUUUUCCACAAACAAAUGUGUGCCUGUCAAAGAAGCAAUGCAGUCUUUUACUCAAAUACAAGCCACUUUCCAUAUUUCCGAGCUCCAGGUUCAGCUCAGCGGUGACCUUACACUUGGAGCACAAGGUCUGGUGAGCUUGACGUUUCAGGAUUUUGAUGUUGAGUUUGUCAAGGAUCAUCCUCACACCUUGUCCAUUCAGAUUGCCUUACGUUCUCUGCUGAUGGAAGAUCUUCUGGAAAAAAAUCCAGAUUCGUUGUACAAAAACCUCAUGGUGUCACAUGGGGCCCCCAAACCCUCAAACUUAGCACACAAGGAGUACCUUUCCCAGUCUUGUCCAUUGGUCUCCAACGUGGAAUAUCCAGACAUGCCUCGGUCUCUCCCAUCUCACGUGGAGGAAGCACCCAACGUCUUCCAGUUUUACCAACGGCCUUCUUGCAUCUCUCAGCAAAAGCGCAAAGAAGGUGUAGAGGCGGACUGCCCGCUGACCCCGCCACCUUCUCCCACCGCCAAACAGUUGCGUGUGCCUUCUGGAAGGAAUGACUUCGACGAUUCGUUAGUGCACAUUAACGUGCUGCUGGUGGACAAGAAGCACCCGGAGUUUUCCUCCCGCUAUGGCAAAAUCAGUCGCAGCGUGGAUAUUGACUUCAACUGCUUAGAUGUCUUGAUCACUCUGCAGACCUGGGUGGUGAUCCUGGAUUUCUUUGGGAUUGGAUCCACUGCUGAGAAUCACAGUGUGAAGUUGCAGACUGGGGAUGUCCAGCAAGCGGUAAAAUCAGAAACGCCUGUCUUGUCAGCCUCAGAGGUGCAGGAUUCUGUAAAUUCCAAACUGGAUCUGAAGGUCCAUUCCCUGUCCUUAGUCCUGAAUAAGGCGACCAAUGAACUCGCUAAAGCAAACGUAUCCAAGCUUGUCACACACGUGGAAAUGACUGAAGGGGACUUGGUCUUUCAGGGGAACAUCGGAAGCUUAUCCUUAAGCGAUCUCACCUCACACGGAGAGCUUUACAGAGAACGCUUCACGACCAGUGGUGAAGAGGCUCUCACCUUUCAGGUCUACAAGUAUGGCCGACCUGAUCCUUCGCUGCAGAGGGAGUGUGAUGUGCGUGUCAGCCUGCAGAUGGCCUCGGUGCACUACGUUCACACCCAGCGCUUCCAAGCAGAAGUCAUUUCCUUCGUCCAGCAUUUUACUCAACUGCAGGACGUCUUGGGCCGACAGAGGGCAGCGGUUGAGGGACAAACGGUGAGAGAUCAGGCUCAGCAAGCUGCUAGAAUCCUUCUGGACAUUGAAGCUGGCGCUCCUGUGCUCCUUAUUCCUGAAAGCUCCAGAUCUUGCCAUCUUAUCGUAGCCAAUCUUGGGAAACUGAAAGUCAAGAACCGGUUCCUUUUUUCAGGCAGUUCUGGUACAUUCUCGCUAAAAGAUAAGCAGGAUUCUGUCCAGUUUUCCUCACCUCUGGGGACCCCAAAGCACAGCGUGAAGAAAACUCUGAGUGCUGAAGAGUCCAGGGUGGCACCACGUUCCUCUGAAGGUUUGCACAUGAAACAGUUCUCUCCUGGACCAGUUCUCAGCAGUCAGAAAAGCGAGCACACAGCAGGAACUGGCACGAAACUGCCCCCGUCAUCUCCUGUGUUGUCCAUGGACAGUCCCAAGGAACAGACAUGCCUGUUAGACUGCAUUGUGGUUGAUCUGCAGGACAUGGACAUCUUUGCUGCCGAAAGAUACUCACGCGACUAUUCACAGGCUGCGAGAGACGCCUCUGUUGAUUUGACCUUCCCGUCUUUUGUCAUCAAGCAGACGGGAGGGAGCCUCUUAACUGAGCCUUUUAGGCUGAAAUUGCAAGUGGAGAGGAACUUGGAUAGGGAGAUAAGCCACGCCGUGCCGGAUAUAUCCAUUCAUGGCAUUGUGUCUUCAGUACAUUGUUCUCUGGAUCUGAAUAAAUAUAAGCUAAUUCGAGGGCUCCUGGAGAAUAAUCUGGGGGAACCAAUAGAGGAAUUCAUACGGCCCUAUGACUUGCAAGACCCGAGAAUACAUACUGUGCUGAGUGGAGAAGUCUACACCUGCCUGUCCUUCCUCAUCGACAUGGUCAACGUAAGUCUGGAACUGACCAGUCCCCAGCCAAAGCAUGGCUCACUAGCCAGGUUUGACUUCAAAAAAUCGAAGCUGCUCUUUGAGAGUUUUUCCAAUCAAACCAGAUCCAUUAACCUGGUCUCACAUUCCAUGAUGGCAUUUGACACACGAUAUGCUGGGCAGGGACCAUCUUCAGGAAUGCCCAAUGUCUUCAACUGCAUUUUCCAGUCAUCAAAGAAUAGUAAUUCUCAAGGAGCAAUACAGAUUGAACUGCAUUAUAGAUCUACUAAGGAUUCCUCCUUCUUCACAGUUGUUCUGAACAACCUUCGUGUGUUUCUGAUCUUCGACUGGUUGGUGCUUGUUCAUGACUUUCUUCAAACCCCCAGUGACACGAAAAGGCAAUCUCAUCUCACCCCUUCCCAACAACGUAGCCAUGGUAGUGAAACAGCUGUCACCCCCAAAGCUGUCAAGUGUGGAAUAGUUACAAAGCGUUCUUCUCUUCAGACCUCCACUGAAAAACAGUUGGAAGUCAAGAUCAAUGUGACAGAUACCGAAUUCGUGGUGGUUGAAGACAUGUCCUGCAUGGAUACUAAUGCAAUUAUUCUGAAGGGGACCACCGUUCUUACCUAUAAACCCAGACUGGUGGAUCACCCUUUCUCAGGCAGCUUGUCUGGCAUUGAGGUUUUCUCGUGCCGGCUGGGCAACGAGCAGGAAACAGCGCUCUCCAUCCUUGAUCCAGCACUAAUUCAGGUUGAGCUGGUGGGAAAUUCUUCAUACCCGAAUGGAUCAGGACUCUUGGAUGCUUUCAGUGGCGGAGAUUUCCCUCCUCUUCUGGAGAUCCAGUUGCAAGCACUUGACAUUAGGCUGUCCUAUAAUGAUGUCCAGCUCUUUCUGGCUAUUGCCAAGUCCAUUUCUAAGCAGACCAGUGGGGUGCUGCCAAAGCCCCCUGCCUCAGACUUGUCAGCUUCCUCUGGUUCCUCUUAUGUAACUGAGAUCCCAGGAACAACAGCAGAAAGAACGGAGACAUCCAAGCGGACUUUGGAUCCUGUCCUUGAAGUACAGCUGGCCCGGCUGCAGGAACUGGGAUUCAGCCUGGAUGACUCUCGCAAAGCUUUGCUGGAUUGUCAAGGUCAGCUAAAGAAAGCAGCAAGUUGGUUGUUCAAGAAUGCAGAACCUUUGAAACGCUCAGCAUUAGAUCCCAGCAGUCUGGAUGGGCAGAGCUCCACAGCUCUUCGACUGAUCUCCGGGGUGGAAGUCAAAGCAGAAAGCAUCUGCGUUUGUUUUAUCGAUGACUGCAUGGACUGUGAUGUUCCCUUAGCUGAGCUGACCUUUUCACGUUUGAAUUUCCUUCAGCAUUUGAGAAGCAACCCAGAAGGCUACGCUCAUUUCACGCUCUCCGGCGAUUAUUACAAUCGUGAACUUUCCGGCUGGGAACCAUUCGUUGAGCCUUGGCCAUGCUCCGUAUUUUGGCAACAGCAGCCAGCCAGCCGCCUCCAUCCUUCUCGGCUGAAGCUAGAAGCGAAAGCCAAGCAUCGUCUGGAUAUCAAUAUCACAUCCAGGUUAAUUGAGCAGUAUGCCAGCACCAAACAGUCAUGGAUGGCAGAUUACUGCAAGCAGGAAAAAGAAGUGAUGGAACUUGAAUCCGAAGAGUGGGUAGGCUCUUCGGUGGAUCCCCCCUCCUUCAGACAAGGCCUUCCUCUUGUCUACCUUAGAACUAGAAGUACAGCCAGUCUGACUAACCUAGAGCACCAGAUGUAUGCUAGAGCCGAAAUGAAGGCGCCCAAGCGCAGGCAGCCCUUUGUGCCCUUUGCUCUGCGGAAUCACACCGGUUGCACCCUGUGGUUUGCCACACUGACAACCACCCCAACUCGCGCAGCACUCUUGCACAGCGGAAGCCCUGCGGCCAUCCCGGAAGAAAACGGGACGUUUCUGGAUGGAGCCCAUAAAGUCAGCGAGUGGCGGGAAGUCCUCACUGGCGAAGAGGUCCCAUUUGCCUUCGAAGCCAAGGGGAAGCUGAGGCACAGGCAUACCCAUGACCUCAGAAUUCACCAGCUGCAAGUGAGAGUGAAUGGCUGGGAGGAAGUCAGUCCCGUGUCAGUUGACAAAGUAGGGAUAUUUUUCCGGUAUGCCGCUCCAGACAAGAGCAGCUCUUCCUCCACUGUUGGCAGCCCGAUUAGUAGAACAAACAUCAUACAUCCACAGGUUUAUUUUUCUUCAUUGCCUCCAGUUCGAGUGGUAUUUGCUGUUACCAUGGAGGGAAGUGCUCGGAAGGUGAUCACUGUACGUUCAGCUUUGAUUGUGAAGAACAAACUUGAAAUGCCUAUGGAGCUGAGGCUGGACAGCCCUUCGGCGCCCGACAAGCCUGUCGUACUCCCUUCAGUGAUGCCAGGGGAUUCCUUUGCAAUCCCCCUGCACCUCACAUCCUGGAGACUGCAGGCCCGGCCCAAGGGCACAGGCGUCUUUUUUUGCAAGUCUCCCAUCCACUGGACGAAUGUUCAGAAGACCUUGGAGGUCAGCAGCAGCAAGCGAGAGUGUCACUCCAUGGAGCUGGAAGACAGCCGAUUCUUCAGGUUUUGUGUGGCUAUAAAGAAAGAAAAUUAUCCUGAUUAUAUGCCUUCCAGCAUCUUUUCUGACAGCGCCAAGCAGAUUUAUAGGCAGCCGGGACACACCAUUUAUCUCUUGCCAACUGUAGUGCUGUGUAACUUGCUCCCCUGUGAACUUGAGUUUUAUGUUAAGGGCAUGCCGAUUAACGGGACCCUCAAACCUAGAAAAGAAGCUGUCCUACACACAGCCGAUACUUCACAGAACGUUGAGCUUGGCAUCUCCCUAGAAAACUUCACACACUGCAAGGAGCUUCUGAUACCUCCCGGAACGCAAAAUUACGUUGUGCGGAUGCGCCUGUAUGACAGCAACAGACGUCUCUUGAACCUCACGAUCCGUAUUGUGUGCCGAGCCAAGGGAUCCUUGAAGAUACUUAUUUCAGCACCGUACUGGCUGGUCAACAAAACAGGGUUGCCGUUGAUUUUCAGGCAAGAUAAUGCAAAGACAGAUGCAGCUGGCCAGUUUGAAGAACACGAGCUCGCCCGGAGCCUGAGUCCUCUUCUGUUCUGCUACGCUGACAAAGAGCAGCCAAAUCUAUGUACAAUGCGUGUUGGGAGAGGCAUCCACCCUGAGGGGGUGCCCGGCUGGUGCCAGGGGUUCUCCUUGGACGGAGGAAGCGGCGUCAGAGCCCUUAAAGUGAUCCAGCAAGGAAACCGACCGGGCCUUAUCUAUAAUAUCGGUAUCGAUGUCAAGAAGGGCCGAGGCCGCUACACUGACACGUGCAUGGUGACGUUCGCCCCUCGCUACCUGCUGGACAAUAAAUCCACGCACACGCUCGCCUUUGCCCAGAGGGCAUUUGCCAGAGGACAGGGCACUUCCCGUCCGGAUGGCUACAUCUCCACCCUCCCGGGCUCAAGCGUGGUCUUCCACUGGCCGCGCAACGAUUAUGACCAGUUGUUGUGUGUCCGGCUGAUGGAUGUCCCCAGCUGCAUUUGGUCUGGAGGCUUUGAAGUCAACAACAACAAUUCCUUCCACGUCAAUAUGAGGGACACCCUCGGCAAAUGCAAUUUCCUCCAAGUCGAGAUCACCUUGAAGAGAGCAACAUACUGUGUUUCGUUCAGCGACACCGAUAAAUUUCCACCUCCAUACCGCAUCGACAACUUUUCUAAGGUCCCAGUUGUGUUUACGCAACACAGUGUUGCAGAGCCCCGUCUCCGAACUGAAGUGAAGCCUGCUACCUCUUUAGACUACGCCUGGGAUGAGCCCACCCUCCCGCCUUACGUCACACUGACAGUCAAAGGGGCCGGCUCCUCUGAAAUCACAUGCUGCAUGAAUGACUUUCAAGAAAGCAAGCAGCUGUAUUACGAAAACUUCAUUUACAUUGCUGCCACUUAUACUUUCUCAGGGGUCCAGGAAGAAACAGGAAGGCCCGUUGCUGCAAACAAGGACGUUGACUGUGCUGAGCUUGUCCUGGAUGUUUCACCCAAGACACAGAGAGUCAUCUUAAAGAAAAAGGAGCCGGGGAAACGCUCUCAGUUGUGGAGAAUGACGGGGACUGGCAUGCUGUGCCACGAAGGCUCUGCGGUCCCCCAUCCCCUGAACAAGCCCUCCCCUCCUCGCUCCACAGAAUCCUCCAUGAUCCUGGACAUCGCGGGGCUGGCUGCAGUUACGGAUAACAGAUACGAGCCUCUGAUGCUGAGAAAACCAGACAGACGGCGUAGCACCACCCAGACGUGGAGCUUUCAGGAUGGGCAGUUACUGUGCGGCAUGCACGGACUUGCAGUGCAGGCCAAAGGAGGCAGGGCCGGGCUUCACGAUGGCGCAGAAGUUGUUCUUGGGCCUGACGCUUCGCUUGAACUGUUGAGUCCGGUCCCACCAGAGCAGCAAUUCACCCACCAAAAGAUGAGGCCUGGCUCUGGAGCCUUGGCAGUGCAGGUCAUUCCAGACGGCCCAACCAGAGUUCUGCAGAUAACUGACUUCAGCCAACGCAGAGAUGAUCGUGUCUCGUACGAAGGGGAGGAGCUGGAUCAAGACCUGUGGAAGCUGAAGAGCCCUGGCCCGGAGCAAGAGCUGGAAGUCCAGCUGAAAUUAGAAGGUGGGAUAGGCUUAUCUUUGGUCAACAGAGCGCCUGAAGAAUUGAUAUUUGCAAGUUUCACGGGCAUUAAUGUCCAUUUCACCCAGCUGUCAGCCAGUCAAGUGCUUGAACUUAGCAUACAAGACGUGCAGGUAGACAACCAGCUCCUCCGCACCACUCAGCCAUUCGUGCUCUUCCUGACCCCCAAGAUGGGUGAAAACGAAAUUGCUGAAACCGGCCCGGCAAUGCAGUUGAAUGCUAUGAAAUUUCCCAGCAAAAGUCCUUUAAGUGACAUAUACAAGCACCUGAUGAUCACAGCAAGCAGAUUCACGGUCCAAAUUGAGGAGAAGCUGCUCCUUAAACUUCUCAGCUUCUUUGGCUACAACCAGUCAGAAGCAGAGGUUGAAAAUUAUGAUGAAAACCUCCACGAAAAGCCUGUCAAUCAAGACGUUGCCAGAAAGAGAUACUAUUUUGAAAACCUCAAAAUUAGCGUGCCACAAAUAAAGCUGAGUGUCUUUACUUCUAGCAAGCUUCCCUUGGAUCUUAAGGCAUUGAAGAGCACCCUGGGGUUUCCUCUUGUACGUUUUGAAGAUGCAGUGAUAGACUUGGAUCCCUACACCAGAGUUCACCCAUACGAGACAAAGGACUUCAUCGUCAACGAUGUUCUGAAACAUUUUCAGGAAGAGCUGCUCGGCCAAGCGGCAAGGAUCCUGAGCUCUGUGGACUUCCUCGGCAACCCCAUGGGACUCCUAAAUGACGUUUCCGAAGGAGUCACUGGGCUGAUAAAAUACGGCAACGUCGGCGGCCUCAUCCGAAAUGUGGCCCAUGGUGUGUCGAACUCUGCUGCAAAGUUUACUGGAACUCUGUCAGACGGUCUGGGAAAGACAAUGGACAACCGGCAUCAGACGGAACGGGAGUACAUCCGAUACCACGCGGCAACCAGCGGUGAACAUCUUGUGGCUGGCAUCCAAGGCCUGGCUCAUGGUAUUAUUGGUGGAUUAACAAGUGUAAUAACGUCUACGGUAGAAGGUGUGAAAACCGAAGGUGGAGUUAGCGGCUUCAUAUCAGGUCUUGGAAAAGGACUGGUGGGGACUUUAACAAAGCCGGUGGCCGGCGCCCUGGAUUUUGCCUCGGAAACAGCCCAAGCUGUGCGAGAGACAGCCACGCUGACUGGCCCCAGGGCCCAGGCCGAGCGAGUCCGGAAGCCACGGUGCUGCCGGGGGCCCCAAGGACUGCUGCCCCGCUACGCUGAGAGCCAGGCAGAAGGGCAGGAGCUGCUCUUCAAGCUGACAGACAACAUUCAGGAUGAGUUCUUCAUUGCAGUCGAGAACGUAGACCGCUACUGUGUGAUCAUCUCUUCAAAAGCGGUUUAUUUCCUGAAGAGCGGGGAGGCCAUGGACCGCGAGGCCAUCUUCCUUGAGGUCAAGUAUGAUGACCUCUACCACUGCCUUAUCUCCAGAGACCACGGAGAGGUCUACGUCCAGCUAACGAAGAAAGCUGUAAAUUCGAGCAGCGGCAUUUCGAUGCCUGGCCCGUCACAUCAGAAGCCCAUGGUUCACGUGACGGCAGAGGAGCUGGCCGUCAGACUCUGUCAAGAAAUCAACUAUGCAAAAAGUCUUUUCUACGAACAGCAGCUGAUGCUGAGGUCUAGCGAGCACCAGGAACAAUUGGAAUUGGACUCCUGACCCAGCGGAAAUCUCCGAAUGCGGGAGCCACCCCUCGGCUCGGUCAGAGAAGCAGAGAAGCACACUUCCCAGGGUGUAAGAGAGCUUUGGGCGAAGUGCAUAAGCCAAGGGGCGGGAGGCAAAAUAAUUGUGCCCAGUGCAGGACGCUUGGGGUUACCAACUCAAAGAUAACAUACAUUAACUCUAGGAAAAACCUGGUAUUUUCUUACGAUUUGUGUAUAUAUAGUAUAUACCUGUGUGUGUAUGAGGUGUAUAGGUGUGCACCACACACAGACGCGCACACUGUUUUUGGUGAGGUUGUAUAAAAGUCUAUUUCCUGUAAAGAAAUUAUAGAAAAAGGUAUAUUGCACUGAUCUGGAGCAUUUUGAAAAUGGCACUUUCUUCUCUGGAGAUGGCAAGGAAGAGGCGAGGAGAUCCUUGCCCUCUUGGGCAGCCCAGCCAGAGUUACCAUCUGGGGCGGGGAGGGAGGCCCCCGUUUCCCACUCCUGGGUGGAGGGGGAUUUGUGCACAGGCCUGCAGAGGUGCUCCCUUUGUCUGGCUUAAGCCACCUACGAGGACCAAGCAGAGUCCAUUUCCAGCAUCUGGGCAGGGAGAAACAGAUUCAAGAAGACUGAACAAGAAUGGCAGUUUAUAAAUGUAAUAUUGCAGACCUGUAGUCUGAACCUGAGGAUUAAUAAAAAAACAUGGCUGCUC